AUGUCAGAAGACCCCUACGCGUGCAGUCUGACCAAGUUUGGGAACCGCUCUUUGAUCUGGAGUCCGCCCAACGAUCCCGAACGCGUCUUCACGUUUAUCCGCAAGCAGACCCGCUUCAACAAGACCGAUCAGAAGAACUACCACUACUACGUUUGCCAGGAUUGUCGGCUGAUCCGCGACAAACAGGUCAAGGAGAAGACUCGCCUCGAACAAUGGAGUGCACCUAGGAUAACAUUAACCGACGCGUCGGUGAUGAUCAGAAGUCCGAUGGAGUCGUUGAACGCGCACAGAUGUCAGAGAAAGACGAAAGAGUCGAUAAGGCAGUGUGAAAGGUGAGAUUUUCGCAAUUUGGACCUUAUUUUAGGUAAUAAAUUGAUGGGUUUUUGAUAGAAACGGGCGAUAUGGGUGGCUAAAUUUGCGGAUUGAAUAAAUGUGGUCUAAAAAGGCUCAAGACAGCUUAAUUUGGGUCUAGAUUUCAGUUUUGGAGGAAAUUUUAUAUUGCACUAGACAAGGUUUGAUAUCAAAAAAAUGUUUAAAAAGUUGGGUUUUUUUUCUUCCAUAGAUUAUUUUCGACUUUUUAAACUUUUUUAUGCCAAAUUAAACGAUUGUUUUGCAUUUUUGGAUAUAAAAUUAUAUUAUACUAGACAUUUUUGAAAAUUUUGCUCACAAAAUUUUUUAUUUCUCUCUUAGCCCCCUGAAACCGAUAUAGCAUUGCUAAUUACCCAAUUAGUCAUCUUUCGGAAUGUUUUCGACUCGAAGCGCAGCCGUUUUUCACCUUUAUCUUUGGGUUUCUCCCCAAAUUUCCGUUCAUAAUUCCCUUUGUUUUCAGACUCGAGAUCUACGACGAACACGCGUCGAUGGGAAAGGGUUCGGGCGGCUCCACACCCUCGAGUGUCACCUCUUCCACCCCACCACCGUUCAGCUCGCCCAUGGCCAGCCUGAACAGCACCAUCUCCAGUUUCAUUUCGGCCCCCUCCACAUCGCCGGUGCCGGAGAAAAAGGCGAAGAAAAUCGCGGUGGACCAUUGGAGCCAGAAGCUGAUGAAGAAGCGGGAAGAAGAGUCCAUUCGCUCCCAAUAUCCAACUUAUGAGCAGCUGUUCGCGUUCACAAUGAAGCUCAUGGAGGAGCGGAAUGAAAAGCAACAGAAGAUCAAGCAAGAGCCGGCGGAAGAGCCCCAACAGAACGGCUCAAUAGAACAGUUCUCGCAAAUGCUGCCCUUGUUGAAGCUGAUGAUGGCCAACAAUUGCAUCAAAAACGCUUAG